GGAGGACAUCAAUGACAGUCAGAGGUGAGCGUGUUACUUGUGCGCACGGACGGCUAAUACAAUGCGGAAGCUCUCUGUUUCACUGUUGCUAGUAGCAACCGGCAUCUGCUUGACAGGUGUGCUCAGCAGCCCUGCCAUUGCUCCGUCAGUUUUGGCCGAAGAUGCUCCGAAGGGACGUGUAGUUGGUGGAGAUCUAGCCGUAGUUGGACAGUUCCCGUACUCUGUUGGCCUGAUCACGCAUUCGACUUCCAUCUUUACCGGGCGUUGUGCCGGUUCGCUAAUAUCGGCCAACUACGUCCUGACUGCAGCGAGCUGUGUGCAAAGUGCCACCUCAGCAUUUGCGUACAUCGGAGGACUUCGCAUCGACGAUCAAUCGGAAGCGGGACGGGAGCGUCUGCUGAUCGAACGUUUCAUUCUUCACUCGAGCUUUGUCGAAGGAGGAGAGAACUUCGAUGUUGCCCUCGGUCAGCUGCCGCGUAGCGUUGCGUUCAACGAUCGCAUCCGGCCGAUUCGGUUGCCAAAUCGGCGUCAGAUACAGGCAACGUUUGCCGGCCAGCAGGGUACCGUGUUCGGCUGGGGACGCUUCGGGUCGGGCAUCAGCAAUUCGGCCGAGUUGCGCUUUGGCCGGGCUGAGAUCAUAACCAAUCUGGCCUGCCGGAUCAGUCUGCCAACGAACACGAUUGUCGAUGCCCACAUGUGCACGGAUGGUUCGCUGACGUCGCCGUGCUCGGGAGACAACGGUGCACCACUCACGAUCAUGGAUGCGGACGGUAUCACUACGCAGGUCGGAGUGUUCUCGUUCAACUCGGUGUUGGGCUGUGAGGCGGGUCGGGCCGCUGUGUACACGCGUCUGUCCGCCUACCUGGACUGGAUCGGUGCGAACUCGGAUGUGAUCAUUCGGGAUAACUUCUAAGGUACAGGUGAAGUCAAGCAGAAAAUCAAUCUUCAGGAACAAAUGAAUUAUUUUGGCCAAGAAAGAAGAGGCUCGUCUAGAAAAUCCCCCGACAA